AUGUCAACCGAGAAGCGAAACUUCUCAGGUCUCUCCUUCUCUUCCAAGAAGACCUCUAGCGACAGCAACACACAUCUUCCCACCAAGAUCAAGAAUUUCUUCCGCAUCAACAGUUUAGGUAGCUUAGGCAGCCCGAACAGUGAUGGCCCCCUCACUCCGAAAUCCGAGUCCAAGCCAGAGUCCAAAUCCUCGUUUCGACAAUCGCGCUUCCUUCCCACUCUCGGAAGAAAUCGUUCGACGACAGUAGCCAGCGAGGGCAAUCCACUGGAAGAACAUAUGUCACCGACUGCUCAGGCCAACCCAUACUUUGCCCAUCAAGGUCCGCCAGCCCUCAGACACCACAACGAAGGCAGCGUGCCCCCUUCUCCACCGGAUACACCAAAGCUGCAAACCAAUGGUGCUAAUGGAUUAGAGGAGAAGCCCGUCACAACAGGCAAAGAAGAAUUGGCGCGGAAGCUGAGAAGAGUGGCAUCUGCUCCAAACGCACAAGGACUUUUCAGCUCCAACAAGGCUGAAAAUCGGCCGAGGACUGCAGAGCUCGGCAAGGACCCCAUCGUGGUGGAAGAUGGUGCUGCACCAAAAGUGAGCAUGGUCGUCCAUGAUGAUGAUUCAACCCUACUUUCCGUGCCUCAGAAUGGAGCAAAGAUCGCCUCGCCAGGUCAGAUACGGCAAUCGGUUGCGUUUCGAAGGACUUACAGCUCGAAUUCAAUCAAAGUGCGGAAUGUCGAGGUGGGCCCAGGCAGUUUCGACAAGAUCAAGUUGAUUGGAAAGGGCGAUGUGGGAAAGGUAUACUUGGUACGGGAAAAGAAGUCGAAUAGAUUAUACGCUAUGAAGGUGCUAAGCAAGAAAGAGAUGAUCAAGCGAAACAAGAUCAAGAGGGCAUUGGCAGAGCAGGAAAUCCUUGCCACCAGCAACCACCCUUUCAUUGUUACCCUCUAUCACUCUUUCCAAUCGGAGGACCAUCUAUACCUGUGUAUGGAGUAUUGCAGUGGUGGAGAAUUCUUCCGAGCACUUCAAACCCGACCAGGCAAAUGUGUGGCAGAAGAUGAUGCCAGAUUCUACGCUGCAGAGGUCACGGCAGCGUUGGAGUACCUACACCUGAUGGGCUUCAUCUAUCGAGAUCUGAAGCCAGAAAACAUCCUUCUUCACCAAUCUGGUCAUAUCAUGCUGUCCGAUUUCGAUCUAUCGAAACAAUCAGACUCUGGAGGCGCUCCAACCAUGAUCCUGGGCAGUCGUAACGGUUCCAACUCAAAUACAUACCCGCUUGUUGAUACCAAAUCAUGCAUUGCAGACUUUCGAACCAAUUCUUUCGUCGGCACUGAAGAGUACAUUGCACCCGAAGUCAUCAAAGGGAACGGCCACACCAGCGCAGUCGACUGGUGGACACUUGGCAUUUUGAUAUACGAGAUGCUGUUUGGCACCACUCCUUUCAAAGGGAAGAACAGAAAUGCCACCUUUGCCAAUAUACUGAGAGACGAGGUGCCAUUCCCAGAAGGAUCAGGAAGCACACAAGUAUCGAAUCUCUGCAAAGGCGUAAUCCGCAAGCUCCUCAUAAAAGAUGAAAUGCGCCGCCUCGGCUCGCGUGCCGGCGCGUCUGAUGUUAAAUCCCACCCUUUCUUCAAGCCCAUCACCUGGGCCUUGUUACGCCACAUGAAACCACCUAUGAUCCCCCAUCAAGGGAGAGCGAUCGAUACGGUGAAUUUCCGCAACGUGAAAGAAAGCGGAGACGGGAACGGAGAGGGGGGAGGGGGGAUGGUCGCCAAUUCGUUCGGAGGUUUGGGGCUGGCGGCACCGGCGGCCAAACUCAAGGGUGUAGGUUUAGAUAGUGGUCUGGCGACGCCUGGAGGGGACGGGGUGGAGGUGGCGACCGAUCCUUUUUUGGAGUUUAACAGUGUGACACUGUUGCAUGAUGGCGACGACGGCGGCGGCGGCGGCGCCGUGGACGAGAGAUAUGAGAAGGACGGGGAAGGGAAGGGAAGAAGAUGA